UUUGGUUUUGUUCCCUUCUGCAGUCGCAAAGCCAACAACACGAUUACACAGGACUCGGCGAGACGACAUAGUGACUCGACAAGAUAGCGAAGACUAUUUGCCCCGUUACGUUUUUUAAUUUCCCGAGCUGCCCCAUCAUCAUCCUCUUCAUCUGUUGACGCCAUAAGCAGAGCGAGGUGGUUUGGUUUGAGAAGGGCCAGGGAAGGAUUAUUGAUGUCCAGCUCGCCGCUGUCCAAGAAGCGUCGCUUGUCAGGAACGGAGACGAAGACGGAAUCCAACUGCUCCUCCUCAAACUCUAAAACGGAACUGUCCCACACACCUGCCAACGGAAUGGCUAAGAAUGGCAAUGAUGCUGAGAUCGAUGAAGGGCUGUACUCCAGACAACUCUAUGUUCUGGGCCAUGAAGCCAUGAAACGCAUGCAGAACGCCAAGGUGCUCAUCUCUGGCAUGAGAGGCCUUGGAGUGGAGAUUGCCAAGAAUGUUAUUCUGGGAGGAGUCAAAAGUGUCGCUGUGCACGAUCAGGGUUUGGCUGAAUGGAGAGACCUCUCCUCACAGUUCUACCUGCGGGAGGCGGAUCUGGGGAAGAACAGGGCCGAGGUGAGCCAGCCCCGUCUGGCAGAGCUCAACAGCUAUGUCCCCGUGGUCGCCUACACAGGAACCCUCACCAAUGACUACCUGACUCAAUUUGAGGUGGUGGUGUUGACCAACUCCCCACUCGAGGAGCAGCUUCAGGUGGGAGAGUACUGUCACAGCAAAGGCGUCAAGUUGGUCAUCGCAGACACAAGGGGCUUGUUUGGUCAGUUGUUCUGCGACUUUGGGGAUGACAUGGUGGUGUUCGACAUCAACGGAGAGCAGCCUCUGAGCGCCAUGAUCUCCAUGAUAACCAAGGACGCUGCCGCGGUGGUCACCUGCCUUGACGAAGCCCGUCAUGGCUUCGAGAGCGGGGACUUCGUCACCUUCACCGAGGUCCAGGGUAUGACGGAGCUCAACGCUUGCACGCCCGUUGAAAUCAAGGUUCUUGGCCCCUACACGUUCAGCAUCUGCGACACCACCGGCUUCUCUGAAUACGCGAGAGGAGGGAUUGUGUCCCAGGUCAAGAUGCCAAAGAAGAUCUCCUUUAAAUCCUUCCCCUCCUCCUUGGCUGAGCCAGAGUUGAUGAUAACAGACUUUGCCAAGUUUGAACGUCCAGGACAGCUCCAUGUCGGCUACCAGGCUAUCCAUGCUUACCAGAAGAAACACAGCAGCCUGCCCAAGCCUUGGUGCCGGGCUGAUGCUGACGAGAUCGUAGCUUUGGCUAAGGAGGUGAACUCUUCUCUGACCGGUUCAGCAAAGGUGGAGGAGCUGGAUGAACCGCUUAUCAAGAAACUGGCAUUCGUCGCUGCUGGCGACCUUGCACCCAUUAAUGCAUUCAUUGGUGGGCUGGCUGCACAGGAAGUCAUGAAGGCGUGCACUGGAAAGUUCAUGCCCAUUAUGCAGUGGCUUUACUUUGACGCACUGGAGUGCCUGGCGGAAGAGGAAGGAGUGUUGCUCUCAGAGGAAGAGUGCGCACCUAGGAACAGUCGUUACGACGGGCAGAUUGCAGUGUUUGGCACCAAGCUGCAGGACGAGCUUGCCAAGCAGCGCUAUUUCCUUGUGGGAGCAGGUGCCAUUGGCUGUGAGCUGAUGAAGAACUUUGCCAUGAUGGGGUUGGCCAGUAAAGGAGGCGAGGUCAUCGUGACCGACAUGGACACCAUUGAGAAAUCCAACCUCAACAGACAGUUCCUCUUCAGGCCUCGUGAUGUCACGAAAAUGAAGAGUGAGACUGCGGCGGCAGCGGUGAAGCUCAUGAACCCCUCCUUCAACAUCACGGGCCACCAGAACCGCGUGGGCCCCGACACAGAGCGGGUCUACGACGACGACUUCUUUGAGAGCCUCCACGGCGUGGCCAAUGCACUGGACAACGUUGACGCACGUAUGUAUAUGGACCGGCGCUGCGUGUACUACCGCAAGCCCCUGCUGGAGUCAGGUACUCUGGGCACCAAGGGCAACGUGCAGGUAGUCAUCCCCUUCCUCACAGAAUCAUACAGCUCCAGCCAGGACCCUCCAGAGAAGUCCAUCCCCAUCUGCACCCUCAAGAACUUCCCCAACGCCAUCGAACACACACUACAGUGGGCACGUGAUGAGUUUGAGGGACUAUUCAAACAACCUUCAGAGAACGCAAUGCAGUAUCUCACAGACCCCAAGUUCAUGGAGCGUACGCUGAAGCUUCCAGGAGCUCAGCCCCUGGAGGUGCUGGAGGCGGUCUACAAGACCCUGGUUACGGACUGCCCCCACAGCUGGGUGGAAUGUGUGACCUGGGCCCGCAGCCACUGGCAGUGCCAGUACAGUAACAACAUCCGCCAGCUGCUGCACAACUUCCCCCCGGAGCAGCUGACCAGCUCUGGCGCCCCCUUCUGGUCCGGCCCUAAAAGGUGCCCCCACGGCUUAGAAUUCAGCACCGACAACGAACUCCACAUGGACUACGUCAUGGCCGGCGCCAACCUGUACGCCCAGACGUACGGCAUGCCCGGGAGCACGGACCGCGCCGCCCUGGCCAAGAUCCUGCAGGAGAUCAACAUCCCUGUCUUCACUCCCCGCUCUGGGGUGAAGAUCCACGUGUCGGACACGGAGAUGCACAGCGCCCACGGCUCAGUUGAUGACUCGAGACUGGAGGAGCUUAAGACGCUGCUCCCCAAUUUGGAGUCUACCAACAAGUUCAAGUUGACCGCCAUUGAGUUCGAGAAGGAUGACGACUCUAACUUCCACAUGGACUUCAUUGUGGCCGCGUCUAACCUCAGAGCAGAGAACUACGACAUCCCCCCUGCGGACAGACACAAGAGCAAGCUGAUCGCUGGUAAGAUCAUCCCGGCCAUCGCCACCACCACGGGCUCCGUGGUGGGCCUGGUGUGUCUGGAGCUCAUCAAAAUCGUCCAGGGACACACCAAGCUGGAGUCGUUCAAGAACGGCUUCAUGAACCUGGCCCUGCCCUUCUUCGCCUUCUCUGAGCCCCUCGCUGCCCCCAGUCAUAAGUAUUACGAAAUCGACUGGACGUUGUGGGAUCGCUUCGAGGUGAAGGGAAUCCAGCCCAACGGCGAGGAGAUGACCCUUCGGCAGUUCAUCGACUACUUCAAGAACGAGCACAAGCUGGAGAUCACCAUGCUGUCUCAGGGCGUGUCCAUGCUGUACUCAUUCUUCAUGCCCGCUGCCAAACUCCGGGAGCGACUCGAACUACCGAUGACCGAGAUCGUGACUAAGGUGUCAAAGAAGAAGCUGGGCAAGCACGUGAAGGCCCUGGUGUUCGAGCUGUGUUGCAACGACGAGACGGACGACGACGUUGAAGUGCCCUAUGUCAGAUACACCAUCCGCUGAGACGCAUGAACACACACUUACACGCGCACACACAUACACACACGCACACACACACGCACACACACACACACUGGGGGAGAGACGCAGGGUGGAGGGUGGGUACAGCCAUGGGUUUUGGGGGAGGGGCGGUCUGAAGUCGUUUCGGCCCCAUGGGAUCAAUCAGUUCUCCUUGAGGCCUGUGGUUGUAGCCCAGUGCCUGUUUGUACAUAAGCUCCGCUGAGCUGACCUUUCAAAGGCUGUACCUGUCCGCACGUUGGGGAGACGGUGCACGGCUGUGUAGACCGGAGUGUUGUUAGAGGUGGGGAGGAAGCCUGUUUACCGGCCCUCUAGUGAAUCUCUACCAGAAACAUGUUCCCACCCAGUUUGACAAUUAUUCGCCUUAGUGUUUGCCUUCCCUUUGUGCCUCACAGCCCGGCUACUGUCUCUCUAACCUCCCCGAGCUUCUCUCUCCCACCUAGGCCUCGGUAACUUCAACAGGGCACCCCCUUUUUAUCUCCUCGAACCCUAUCUUAUCUAGACCUACAUUGCGGCUUUUUUCCACAAACACAAGUCAUGGAAGUUAUACCAGUUUCUCAUCUCAAAUAAUGGUAAAAGGCAAUUAAGAUUUAUUUUCAAUAUUUUUUGUUUUUUACUAACCCAAAAUGUGGACCUUCCUUCUAAUUGAGAUUGCAAAUUGGAAUUGUUAGUUGAUAUGCAAAUGAGUUGUCGCUGACGGUAUAAUAAUCGAGUGGCUGCGCCAGGACAAGGGCCCUAGCAGACCUGAACCUGACCCCCUCCCCCGUCUGUGUCUGUCAGGUCACCUGCGCACCAGCUUGCAGAAAGGCACUUGCACAUGACUUGAGUUUCCACUUAUCUUUAUUUUCCAUGUGGUGUUUAUUUUUCUAUUUUAUUUGGAGCAGAAUUGUGGUGCACAAACCUAGUAGAUCACAAACUGUCUUCUUUCUACUUUGUUAAACUCCAGAUGAUAUUACAGUGUAAGAGCAAGGCAAUGAGUUGUAUCCUGGAAUGGGAGCACUUCAUGUGAUAGUGAAUAAACAUGUUAAAGAUG